UGGUCAUUCAUUUGAGAGACACGCUUUCUUGUUUCAUUUAAGUUAUUUUAUACUUACUGUGUCUCUCAUGGCUGGAGUAGAAACUAGCAAAGUAGCAGGAUUUAUUCGAGUCGGAAAAUGGGGAAGACAAAGUGGAGAUCCUCAGAAUGUAUGGUCUUUUGAACUUGAGAAAGAUCAUAAAUUGGUGAAGAUAACCGUUGACCAUGGUGAUGUAAUAUACUCUCUCAUGUUCACAACUAAAUUUAGAGAUGCUUUGCAUAAUUCUGACAAGUUUGGUGGUUGGAAUGGUGGAGACACGGUUGCCGAGGUACUCUUUGACGAAGAUGAGGAAAUUGUUGAGGUUGGUGGAUCCGUUGGUAGUAAAAGUGGUUUUCAAGUAAUUUCGUCUCUAUCUUUUAAGACAAACAAGAGGACACAUGGACCUUUCGGCCAUGCAACUGAAGAUGUGUUUUCUUUACCAUGGCACAAAGGCUCGUUAGUUGGGUUUUAUGGGCUUGCUGGCUAUUAUAUUGAUGCCAUUGGUGUGUAUCUAAAAGCCGAUGAGGAAAUCAUGCAGGUUGGAACAUGGGGGAAAAAUGAACCUGGAACUCCACAAAAUGUUUGGUCGUUCCAACUUGAGAAAAAACAUCUUCUGAAGAAGAUAACCAUUGAUCAUGGUGAUCUUAUAUACUCUCUCAUGUUCACCACACAAUGUGGAGACUCAACACAUACUACUCCAAUGUAUGGUGGUUGGAACGGUGGAGAGAAAGUGUCUGAGGUAAUAUUUGAAGCUGGCGAGGAAAUAACUGGCAUCAGUGGAACAAGUGCAUUAUCAAGGGGAAGUGUUCCUGACUUACCUGUAAUAUCAUCAAUAUCAUUCAUCACAAACAAGAAAACUCAUGGACCUUUUGGUAAUGUAAGAGGGACGCCUUUCCCUGUACCAUGGGAUGUUGGUUCUUUUGUUGGAUUUUACGGGCUUGCUGGCUAUUAUCUCGAUUGCAUUGGUGUCUAUUUGAAAGCUUGAGAGUUUGAAAUAAGAAUCAAAUAACCUUUGAAAUAAGUACGUACUAUGAAAUAAGGAACAUAUAACCCUUUGAGGUUAUCAUGUCUAUUCAAAGGUUGCCGCCCAUUACUAUGUGAUGCUAUUGCUAGCUACUUUGUGUGUCAUAGUCUGAAAAUGAUAGCCGUGUACUCAUCAUCAUAUCAUAUGCUAUAUCAUGUUAUUAUAAAUAAAUAUAUCUAAAUAAAUUAUAUACGAUGG